AUGGAGCCCCCGUACUCGCUGACGGCGCACUACGACGAGUUCCAGGCGGUGAAGUACGUGAGCAGGUGCAGCUCCGGGGGCGGGUCCCCGCUGCCUCCGGGCUUCCCCCUGGGGCCGUCGGGGCGCGGCGGCGGCGGCGGCGGCGGCGGCGGCGGCGGGCGGGGCGGCGCUCGCUGGACCCGCCGGGAGCUGUGCCUGCUGUCGGGGCUGCUGCUGGCGGCGGGGCUGUGCGCCGUGCUGGCCUGCCUGCUGGCCCUCAGGGCCUUCGGCCGCGCCGCCCGCUUCCUGGCCGCCAACCUGGACGCCAGCAUCGACCCGUGCCGCGACUUCUACUCGUUCGCCUGCGGCGGGUGGCUGCGGCGCCACGCCAUCCCCGACGACAAGCUGACCUACGGCACCAUCGCCGCCAUCGGCGAGCAGAACGAGGAGCGGCUGCGGAGGCUGCUGGCCCGGCCCGGCGGGGGGCCCGGCGGACACGCCCAGCGCAAGGUCCGCGCCUUCUUCCGCUCCUGCCUCGACAUGGCCGAGAUCGAGCGGCUCGGGACGCGGCCCAUGCUGGACGUCAUCGACGACUGCGGAGGCUGGGACCUGAGCGGGGGACGAGGGGGACGAGGAGGGGACGACGGCGGGGGGCCCGGCGGGGGGCCCGGCGCGGGGCCCGGCGGGGACCUCAACCGCCUGCUCUACAAGGCGCAGGGCGUCUACAGCGCCGCCGCGCUCUUCUCCCUCGCCGUCAGCCUGGACGACAAGAACUCCUCCCGUUACGUCAUACGCAUCGAUCAGGAUGGGUUGACACUGCCAGAGAGGACACUGUACCUUGCCCAGGAUGAGGAGAGUGAGAAGAUUCUGGCCGCCUACCGGGUGUUCAUGGAGAAGCUCUUGAGUUUGCUGGGGGCUGAAGCAGUGGAACAGAAGGCCCAGGAGAUCCUGCAGCUGGAGCAGAGGCUGGCCAAUAUCACUGUGUCCGAGUACGAUGACCUGCGCAGGGACAUUAGCUCCAUGUACAACAAGGUGACCCUGGGGCAGCUGCAGCAGAUCACCCCCCAUCUACGGUGGAAAUGGCUGCUGGACCGGAUCUUCCAGGAAGACUUCUCUGAGGAGGAGGAGGUGGUGCUGCUGGCCACAGACUACAUGCAGCAGGUGUCUCAGCUCAUCCGCUCCACACCCCGCAGGAUCCUGCACAACUACCUUGUGUGGCGAGUGGUGGUGGUACUAAGCGAACAUCUGUCCCCUCCGUUCCGCGAGGCGCUGCAUGAGCUGUCGAGAGAGAUGGAGGGCAGUGACAAGCCUCAGGAGCUGGCCCGGGUCUGCUUGGGCCAGGCCAACCGCCACUUUGGCAUGGCACUUGGGGCCCUGUUUGUGCACGAGCAUUUCUCAGCUAACAGCAAGGCCAAGGUGCAGCAGUUGGUGGAGGACAUUAAAUAUAUCCUGGGCCAACGCUUGGACGAGCUGGACUGGAUGGAUGCAGAGACGAAGGCAGCUGCCAGGGCCAAGUUGCAGUACAUGAUGGUGAUGGUUGGUUACCCCGACUUUCUGCUCAAACCUGAGGCUAUCGACAAGGAGUAUGAGUUCGAAGUCCACGAGAAGACCUACUUCAAGAACAUCCUGAACAGCAUCCGCUUCAGCAUCCAACUGUCCGUGAAGAAGAUCCGCCAGGAAGUGGACAAGUCCGCGUGGUUGCUCCCACCCCAGGCUCUCAAUGCUUAUUACCUGCCCAACAAGAAUCAAAUGGUGUUCCCGGCAGGCAUCCUGCAGCCCACUCUGUAUGAUCCUGACUUUCCACAAUCUCUGAACUACGGGGGCAUCGGCACCAUCAUCGGACAUGAGCUGACCCAUGGCUAUGAUGAUUGGGGGGGCCAGUAUGACCGCUCAGGCAAUCUGCUGCACUGGUGGACGGAGGCCUCCUACACUCAGUUCCUGCGCAAGGCCGAGUGCAUCGUCAGCCUCUACGACAACUUUACCGUCUACAACCAGCGGGUCAAUGGGAAGCACACCCUUGGCGAGAACAUUGCUGACAUGGGGGGCCUCAAGCUCGCCUACUACGCCUAUCAGAAGUGGGUGAGGGAGCAUGGGCCAGAACAUCCCCUGCAUCGUCUCAAGUACACCCAUGACCAGCUCUUCUUCAUUGCCUUUGCCCAGAACUGGUGCAUCAAGCGGCGAUCUCAAUCCAUAUACCUGCAGGUGCUAACGGACAAGCACGCCCCUGAACACUACAGGGUCCUGGGCAGCGUGUCCCAGUUUGAGGAGUUUGGCCGGGCCUUCCACUGCCCCAAGAACUCCCCCAUGAACCCGGCUCACAAGUGCUCUGUGUGGUGA